ACAGCAAAGUGCAGCUCUGGGGCAGUGAUCACACUGAAAUGCAUCGAGUGUGGUUCUAGGGCACAGCAAGGUCUUCGGGUGGUGGGAGGGAACGUGUCGAGGGCAGGACAGUUCCCCUGGCAGGUCAGCCUCCACUACCAGAAUCAGCACAUCUGUGGCGGGUCUGUCAUCACACACACCUGGAUCAUCACUGCUGCACACUGUGUCUAUGGGUUCCCUGAGGUCAAUCUGUGGACAGUGUUGGCCGGUAUAGUGGACCAGCCACUGACCAGCGUGGGCUCUAUGAACAUCCGGAAGAUUCUCCCCCACGCUCGCUACCGCCCCCGCAGCCUGGACCAUGACAUCGCACUUCUGCAGCUCUCUCAGCCAAUCAGCUUUAAUGGGCUGGUGGAGCCCGUCUGUCUGCCCAGCGCAGGGGAAGAGUUUCAGGAGGACCACCUGUGCUGGAUCUCUGGCUGGGGGGCAACCGAGGACGGAGGAGAGACCAGUGUCCAGCUCCAUUCAGCUCAGGUGCCUCUGAUGUCCAAUGCGGAGUGUAAUGAGCCUCAGGUGCACCAGGGCAGCGUCUCCCCCUGGAUGAUCUGUGCUGGAUACCUGGAGGGAGGCAUCGACACCUGCCAGGGGGGUCCGGCGUGUGGACGUUGGCGGGGGUGA